AUGCGAGUCGGGCUCCCCUCCGAGGCGUCGUCUUGCCCGUGGUCAGCGCGGGGGCCGCGGGACAGGCCGGAGCGCAGGCGGAGCGGGCUGGCGCACGUGCUGUCUGACAACAUCUACCCGGUGGAGGACCUCGCCGCCACGUCGGUGACCAUCUUCCCCAAUGCCGAGCUGGGAGGCCCCUUCGACCAGAUGAACGGAGUUGCCGGAGAUGGCAUGAUCAACAUUGACAUGACUGGAGAGAAGAGGUCUUUGGAUCUCCCAUAUCCCAGCAGCUUCGCUCCCGUCUCAGCACCCAGAAAUCAGACCUUGACUUACAUGGGCAAGUUCUCCAUCGACCCCCAGUAUCCUGGUGCCAGCUGCUACCCAGAAGGCAUCAUCAAUAUUGUGAGCGCAGGCAUCCUUCAAGGGGUCACUUCCCCAGCCUCCACUACUGCCUCCUCCAGCGUCACCUCUGCCUCCCCAAACCCGCUGGCCACAGGACCCCUAGGUGUAUGCACCAUGUCGCAGACUCAGCCUGACCUGGACCACCUCUACUCGCCACCGCCACCGCCACCCUAUUCUGGCUGUGCUGGGGAUCUCUACCAGGACCCCUCCGCCUUCCUGACUGCAGCCACCACCUCCACCUCUUCUUCUCUAGCCUACCCGCCACCUCCUUCUUAUCCAUCCCCAAAGCCUGCUACGGACCCUGGUCUCUUCCCCAUGCUCCCAGACUAUUCUGGCUUCUUUCCGCCUCAGUGCCAGAGGGACCUGCAUGGUACUGCUGGCCCGGACCGAAAGCCCUUUCCCUGCCCUCUGGACUCCCUGAGGGUGCCCCCUCCACUCACUCCACUCUCCACCAUUCGUAACUUUACUUUGGGGGGGCCCGGUGCUGGGGUCACAGGGCCAGGGGCCGGUGGAGGCAACGAGGGACCCCGGCUGCCUGGCAGCAGCUCAGCUGCUGCUGCAGCUGCAGCCGCCUAUAACCCUCAUCACCUGCCGUUGCGGCCCAUCUUGAGGCCUCGCAAGUACCCCAACAGACCUAGCAAGACCCCUGUGCACGAGCGGCCCUACCCGUGCCCCGCCGAAGGCUGUGACCGGCGGUUCUCACGCUCUGACGAGCUCACUAGGCACAUCCGCAUCCACACGGGUCACAAGCCGUUCCAGUGCCGGAUCUGCAUGCGCAACUUCAGCCGCAGUGACCACCUCACCACCCACAUCCGCACCCACACCGGAGAGAAGCCCUUUGCCUGUGACUACUGUGGUCGCAAAUUUGCCCGGAGCGAUGAAAGGAAGCGCCACACCAAGAUCCACCUGCGACAGAAGGAGCGCAAGAGCAGUGUGCCCUCCUCCUCCGUGCCGGCCCCCUCUGGGGCCUCCUGUCCUGGGGGCACACAGUCUGGGGGUACCCUGUGCGGCAGCAACAGUGGUGGCACUAUGGGCGGAGGGCCGCUGGUCCCUUGCUCCUCUAGGACCCGGACACCUUGAGAUAAGACUCAGGCUGACACCUGCUCCUUGAGGCCCUAGUCCCUUCCUCCACUUGAACCCCAAGACAAACACUACCAACCCCUGACUCUCCAAAUGCCUGCCUUCCCUUCCUCCCUCCCUUGUGGGCAGAGGGCCUUAGUGGCACUGGGUGCUGUUUCCUCUCCCUUUAGAGAGGAGAGCCUGUGGAUGAGUGGACAGUCACCUGGAGGGACGUGGGGAGGCCAUGGCUGGAGGUGUGGGCCUGCAGGACUGAGGCCUGACCCUGCUUUGGGAGAUUGCUUGAGCCGGUUCUGCUCCUCAGCUUCCUGGCAUUCUUUUGACUCCUUACCCAUGCUCCUGGAUGUCAGAGCAGGUGUGAGACUUUUCCUUACAGUAGGUUGGGAGAUGCUGAUCCCUGCAAGUGGGGACAGCAAAAAAGACAACUGAUGUGCACUUUACGGCUUGGGAUUGACUUGGGGGAUGCCUUCUGUGUCCUAGAAGCAGAACAGUGAGUCACAGUGUAUCUGGUUGGCUCAGCCCUGAAGCAAUAUGUAUUAUAAACUCAGAGAACAGAAGUGCAAUGUGACAGGAGGGACAUAGCAAUACCUGCUCCUUUUUGAGUUAUUGGAGAAACGUAAAGACUAUUUUUUUCAGUGUAUAUCCACUAGAUUGUGUGUAUUUUUGAUGUGCACUGUUCUCCAAGUUCUGGCCCUUUGGGAAACCAAUGUAAAGCAUUUAUGAUCUCUUGAAAUGAGUCAGAGGUUAACUUAUUUAAAGAGGAAAUGUACAUAUAUUCUGUGAAACUAGGAUGCAUGCAGUUGUGUUGGAAGUGUCCUUGUGCCUUGUGUGAUGUAGACGAUGUUACAGGGUCUGCAUGUAAAUGGGUUGCCUUACUAUGGAAAAAAAAUCACUCCCUGGGUUUAGUAUGGCUGUAUAUUUCUGCCUAUUAAUAUUUGGAAUUUUUUUUAGAAAGUAUAUUUUUGUAUGCUGUUUUGUGACUGAAAAGUGUUCCCUUUGUAGUCAGAUUUCAGAUAAGAAUGUAUAUAAUGUUGCUGGAGCUGCUUUGUUUGGAUAUUAGCUCUUAGUAGUUGUGGAAAAAAAAAUAAAUGAUUUAUUCUAAUGCAGAACCACUAACUGAAGUGCAGACAAUGGAUGGUUUAUAACUAUGAUGUAAAUAAAUAGCUUUCAACAAUAUUUUUUGCUGCAGAAAUCAUUGAUGAGGUAGCUGCUGAGUGGGGAUUAAAAUCAUUCAACACCUAUGGAACUAUUCGACCAAACACCAGGAGUUAAGGUGCUUUGACCAGACCAGGGCUUCCAAG